AUGUCCGGUGAUCUUCCAAAUGAAGCUGAGGAAAGUGAUAAUGAAUCAAUGGAGGAGCAUGAUUUUGAUUGUGAGGAUGAAGAAAUGUCAACUUAUGAACCAUCUGAUCAUUCAGACACAGAAAGUGAUGUAGAAAGUGGCACAGAAGAGGCUUCUAGGUUCUUAGCUACAGAUGGAAACCUCCGGACAGAACCAAAAUUCAUCUCAUUUUUGGUUCAAAUCUUGUUGCUCUUCAACUUCUGUCAUUUCUGCAAGAGUGACAACCCUAACAUUAAAGCAACUAAAUGUGGAACAAUGCUGAUUGUUAGGAGCCACUGUAUUAACCCAGCAUGUCUAAAUAAAAAUCUUUGGAGAAGUCAACCAAAAAAGACUGGAACUAACAUACCUGCCGGCAACUUCCUGCUCUGUAUGUCAACAUUGUUAGCUGGGGGCUCAAUCUCAAAAGUCAGACAGAUUUUCAAUCACAUGAAUCUUUUCACAAUCUCGUUCACAACUUUCUUCAAACACCAAAGGGAAAAAUUAUUUCCAGCUAUAUAUAUCCACUGGAAAGUAUAUCAGGCUGGUCUCCUUAGGGCACUCAAAGACGAAAGCAAUCCUGCUGUUCUAGCCGGAGAUGCCCGCCAUGACAGCAUGGGUCACAGUGCAAAAUAUGGCACUUAUUUGGUUUAUUCAUGCUCUCAUCUUGUGCAGGUAACAAUUUAA